CACACACACACACACACACACGCAUUCACACACUCGUACCGGAGACCGAGCAGCAGCGUGAGAACCCGAGCGCGAGGAUUUAACCGAGAGAGCUGAGAGGAGAUGGAUUGUGCAGAAGACGAGUUCUUGCUCCAUGGUGAAUGUCGGAGGUGUCCACACUGUCCCCCGGGACAGGAACUGAAACAGGAGUGUGGGUACGGCAUGGGCGGAGCCAGUGUGUGUGGAGUGUGUGAUCGGCGCUGGUUUAAGGGGGACUGGGGCUCACACUUGUGCAGGAUGUGUCAGAACUGCCUCCGCCUUAACAGACAGGAAGUCAGCCCUUGUACACGCAUACAUAACGCCGUUUGUGGAGACUGUCUGCCUGGGUUCUACAGUAAGAGGCGGUUGGACGGACUGCAGGAUCUGGAGUGUUUGCCUUGUGGUUCCAACAGACACACACAGUGUGAAACUGAACGCACCACUGUUAAAGCAUGGAGUUCCGAAGCCCCGCCCCUCAAUGUUGCCGCGAUGACGACUGCCUGUGUAACGGCCGUUGCCAUGGCAGCCGUUUUAUUGAUCAUUAUGGUUAUGACGUACAGAGGGUUUAAUGCACUACGGAAAAAUUUUAAAGGCUGUUUAUCACCCCGCAGUCACCGUGACAUUGUGGCUGCCUCCGUUUCCGUAGCGACGGAGUACAGCAUGACCCAGGAAGCAGAAGAAGGUUGUUUGGAGUUCGUUCCUGCCUCACUUCCUGUGGGAAACAGCGCCCUCUUCAGCGACAGUACUUCCUGCGGGGUCAUCACCCAGGCUACGGGGUCUCGUGGUGGCGGGUUGUGGUGGGCGGGGCACGGCCCAGUGGAGUGCACCGAGAGGGAGAUAUUACAUGGAGAGAACGGGGUGCUGAUUUGUGACGUAACAGUAAGCAUGGACAGAUCUUUACAAGGAGAGCAUUUCCUCCCCAAACUUUCAGAGCAGGAGCAACAACCAGGAGCUGAGGCUACAGCUAAUACUGCUAACACAGCUAAUAAUGAAUGUUAAAGUGGCUAAUUAUGCUAACUCCAGCACCAAAAUCCAUUGAUCAUGCUAUCAAGCUAUCAUCUUCACUAGCAUGGCUAUAAUGUGCUUUGCUAUUUGUAUGCUAUUGCUAAAUGUGUGAGUUAGCUGCUGGAUAAACACUACACGCUGCUAACUGCAGUUCUAAACACGGACAAUCAUCAUUUUUCUAGCUAACAUGGUCGCUGUGGUGUUUCUAAAGUCACCUGUGCAAGUGAUUUACGUCUUUUAAAAGGGCUAAUGGUGUUGGUGAUCAACAUUGCGCUAACAUAGGUUAACUUUAGAAACCGCUAGCACAUUCUAGCUGAAUUUUACACAUUUUUUGCAGGAUUUUUAAUUUUAUGUUUUUUUUUUUUGUUGUGAAUUUAGGUGAAAAGAAUUGUAAUAUUUUAUUUUUAUUAUGUGUUUUUAUUAUUAUUUUUUGUACUGACGUCACUUUGUGUCCAAAUCUGCUGCUAUUUUAGAAAUUCUGUUGUAGCUUUUUUUGAUUAGCAUGGGAUGAUAUUCAUAUCUUCUAUACCGCUUGAUCCUGUAUUCAGGGUCGCUGGGACCUGGAGCCCAUCCGAGGAGGCUUAGGGCAUGAGGCAGGGCACACCCUGGAUAGGGUGCCACCCUAUUGCAGAUGGGCUGAUAUUGAAUUACAAAAAGAAUCCUCAUAUAAUGGAUCUUAAUGGUUUCCAUCAGAUUCCUGUACAUUUCAGUCAAGGCUUUCCUGGCCAUCUUUAAAACCAUUAGAUUGUUUACACAUUCCAUUCGAACCACCAUUACAGACCAUCAGUGAACACAUUGCUACUGUACGGAAAAAAAUCGUAGAAAAAAUGUUUUAGCUCACAUUGGCGUUAAGUUUAAUUGACCACCUUACUGAAAUGUAAAAAAUAAAAUGUUCAUUAAAAUCAGCUAUCAUGCUAACACGUGAGCUAGCUAGCUAAAAUUAUAAAUACUGGUUUCAAGUGGAGUAAGUUAGCACAACCAGAAAAAAGUAUCUAGCUAACAUCUCUAUAAGGAAUUGCUAGCUCCUGAAUAUAAAUAGCUACCUGUAGCAGGUUAGUUAGGUGAUAAAAGUUGAUAAGUUGUUUAAUUGUGCUAGACAUUAGCAUUUUUAUUUUGGUUGCAUAAAAUUGUAAUUUUAGGUAAGACCUUUUUUUUAAAUAUAAA